AUGAGUUCUAGUUCUGAUUAUCCCGCUCUUGUCACGUACUUAAGAUAUCAAGUGAAAAGGUCGUAUAGAGGAUUUCUGAAGCUAAACUGCAACGCCAUAAUUACCUCUUUGUCUUCAAAUCUUGAUACUGAGGAACUCGAUAACCUUUGGUCCUGUCACUUUCUGUGUAAAGCAAAAGAGAUCUUAACUCAGGAAAACUGGGAAGAAAGCUUUGUGAAAUUGAAGGAAAAGGUAGAAUUUGAACGUUCUUGCAAAUGGUUGAAGCCAUACUGGGAUAGUGUAAUUAAGGAUUAUAGAAGGAAGAGCAUCAAAAGUUGGAUUAAUGAUAGUGAUCACGGAAAUAGCCUUGAUAAAUAUAGCUUUGAUCACAAUAACAAUAAUCACUAUAAUGAUAGUGAUGACAUUCCUGCUCCUGAAAUUGCGAACCUCCUUCAAGAAGAUCGUCUCAAUGAUGAUGGACAAAAAGCUCAUCCUGUCAUUCCCUUAUCAUCCAAGCAUGAAGAAUUGAUAGGUCCAGCUGAACAAGCGGAGAUGAAUCAGAUUAUUAUGCUAGAUCAAUCAAAUUCUAAUUCUUCUAAUCCCCAAACUCAAUCAAGAAGAUGUUCGUCAAGUCCGCUAGGGUAG